AUGGCGGCGUCUGCACCCUCAUCCUCCGGCGGAGGACCGGAUCCCAACUCGACAAAUUUACGGCCACCGGGCUCAAGUUACGACGCAUGGUGUGGGGUUGCUCACGGAUGUACCAGGAAAUUGGGGAUGAAGAUAUGCGGGUUCCUGCAGAAGAACAACAGCAUGGAUGAGAGGAGCAGGAUGGUGAAGAACCUGCUGUCCUGCGACAACAGCGGCGGAGAGGCGCGUUUCAGGAGAACAGAGAUCGACUUCUCCAAUAUGUUUGCCAGAGAUCUGCUGCCUGCCAAAAACGGAGAGGAGCAGACCAUGCAGUUCCUGCUGGAGGUUGUGGAAAUUCUCACCAACUACAUCCGGAAGACGUUUGACAGAUCCACCAAGGUGCUGGACUUCCACCACCCCCACCAGCUGCUGGAGGGCAUGGAGGGCUUCAACCUGGAGCUCUCCGACCAGCCGGAGUCUCUGGAGCAGAUCCUUGUGGACUGCAGGGACACCCUGAAAUAUGGAGUGCGAACAGGUCACCCCAGGUUCUUUAACCAGCUGUCCACUGGAUUAGACAUCGUGGGUUUGGCGGGAGAGUGGCUCACUUCCACGGCCAACACCAACAUGUUUACGUAUGAGAUCGCCCCGGUUUUUGUGCUCAUGGAGCAGCUGACGCUGAAAAAGAUGAGAGAGAUUGUUGGCUGGCCGGACGGCGAGGGUGAUGGGAUAUUUUCUCCAGGAGGAGCCAUUUCCAACAUGUACAGCGUGAUGAUCGCCAGGUACAAGUUCUUCCCUGAAGUUAAGACCAAAGGCAUGGCGGCUGCCCCGAGACUGAUUCUCUUCACCUCAGAACACAGCCACUACUCCAUCAAGAAGGCGAGUGCAGCUCUGGGCUUCGGAACAGAGAAUCUGAUCCUUCUGAAGACAGAUGAGAGGGGAAGAGUCAUUCCUGCUGAUUUGGAAGCCAAAGUAAUAGACGCCAAGCAAAAGGGCUUUGUGCCGCUGUUUGUGAACGCCACAGCUGGCACCACGGUGUACGGAGCCUUCGAUCCCAUCAAUGAAAUCGCAGACAUCUGUGAAAAGUACAACAUCUGGCUUCACGUGGACGGAGCGUGGGGAGGAGGGUUACUGAUGUCCAGGAAGCACAGGCAUAAACUGAGUGGAGUAGAGAGAGCCAACUCGGUCACCUGGAACCCUCAUAAGAUGAUGGGCGUGCCGCUGCAGUGCUCCGCCAUUCUGGUCCGGGAAAGGGGAUUGCUGCAGGGCUGCAACUCCAUGUGUGCCGGGUACCUCUUCCAGCCGGACAAGCAGUACGACGUGACGUAUGACACAGGAGACAAGGCCAUCCAGUGCGGACGCCAUGUGGAUAUCUUCAAGUUCUGGCUCAUGUGGAAAGCAAAGGGAACAGUGGGGUUCGAGCAGCAUAUUGACAAGUGCCUGGAUCUGUCCGCAUACCUCUAUAAUAAGAUAAAGAACAGAGAGGGAUAUGAGAUGGUGUUCCAGGGAGAGCCGCAGCACACGAACGUCUGCUUCUGGUACAUUCCACCGAGCCUGCGCGGCCUUCCCGAUGGAGCAGAGAGGCGGGAGAGGCUGCAUAAGGUGGCCCCGAAGAUAAAGGCCAUGAUGAUGGAGUCGGGGACCACGAUGGUGGGCUACCAGCCGCAGGGGGAGAAGGUCAACUUCUUCCGCAUGGUCAUCUCCAACCCCGCCGCCACCAGGUCAGACAUCGACUUCCUGAUCGAUGAGAUCGAGCGGCUGGGGAACGACUUGUAAGAGCCACACGUCCUGCCGCAAAAAAACCCGUCGGUUUCCAAACGUGAGUCCGUGAUCAACCUGCAGAGCCUUGAGCGCUUCAUGCCCCCCCCCCCCCCCCCCCCCCCCCCCCCGUCUCAAACAGACACCGACGAAUUUACUUACAGAUCUUUUCUGGGAAUGCACAACAAAUAUUAAUUCCAUCCCUUGUGUGUCAGCGUCUCUUCUGUCUUAAUUAAGCAACAGUGACUUGAAGUUAAAGUAUUUGCACACAAAUCUGAAUGAGUAGGUACAGAAGUGUUCUUGCUAAUACAUACAUGAAAUGAAAUCCCAUUUAAAAGUAGGAAGUUUCAACACAAAGCUCCGUUCUGUCAGAUUGGGAUAGUUAAUGUAUAUAGCAGCUAUGAAUAAAACAUCGUGUUAGUCGGUCGAUCUCGUGAAAUGCAGCGAAAUCCAAGUAGUUUUUCACAGUGUGGGAGACCUCAUAGCACUGGCAUACAGUAUGUUGUUAUCAUAAUUAUUAUAGAUACAUAGUAAUAAUGGAGGCAGAUGCACCAUGACAUUGUAGCUGUUAUUUCCCUCCGAUAAACACACGUAGGUGUGAAUAUAUAGCACAGUCAUUGUAACAACUACUGUACUUGAUUGCUGUGUUUUUAGAGAUUUUUGUGUAGAUCGUGUAUAAUAUUGUUACAUUGCCUUUGUGCCAAAUGUGUCAUAGUUUUACAGUGACAAUGUAAAUUGAUUAUACAGUAUAGUAUGUGAUAGAGGAAUCACUUUAUUUCUAUGGGCAGACGUUGUAAAUGUGAAUAGGUUAUUUUGUUCCAUUUGUAAUGUAUCCUCCCUCCUGUUUGGGAACGACUGCUGUAUUAUAUUGCAACGUUUUGAAUAACAUUGGUGUCUUUUAGUGUAUUUGUGAACCAAAGAAGGGUUGAGUUAGACAUUUAAACAUGUACCUGCCCCUUACUCUCCCAUAUGGAUGGAUUCAAAUAUUUAUAUAAGAGAACCUGAUUUACUGCCUUUGACUUUCGUGCAAUCAAUGUUGUCUAAAUGUGCAAUGUUAAUGUGAUUCAUGUGGGAGGCUUGACUCGCAGUGUUAAUGAUAAGAAGCACAAUGCUAAACCAUGACGGUGGGGCAGCUUUUAUUCUGGAGACAUAUGAUUGUCUGUAUCAUAGCCUGUUAAGUGGAGUUAAGCUACAAUAUGCAGAGUUUUUGUCCGUCUCGACGGCCUCGGUAUCCGCACACUUUCAAUGCUGGGGGGAAAACAAAAGUGAGAAACCGGGAUGAUUUAUUGUUAAAGCUUGAACGAUGAAAUGCACAGUGUUUUGCUUCUGUACUGGGAUUUAUUGAAGAAAUUGUACAUUUGCUGAAUUAGCGGGAUGAAACGUCCCUUGUCGUAUUCAGUGUAGGCACUUUAACAGACGAUCUGCAGAACAUUGCUGAUGUAGCCACAACAUGAAUAAAGACGAGCUGUAGAA